GCAUGGGAGGGAAUCAAGGAUUAAUGAGGUGGUAACACCUCCCAAUCCCGAGGUAGAGAGUUGAAAAAUUGUUCUCUUUAUCUUAUUUUUAUUUUAUUUUUUUCUUUUAAAUAAAUGUUACUGUAAUAAGAGAAACUCAAGUUCAAUUUAUAAUCAAAAUAAAUUAAGAUAAAUAUAAUAAGCUAAGAUUAGAUAAGUACUCUAAUUCACAUCAAAAAAUCAUUAAUCGUAAGACUACAAGAGAAAUUAUUAUAGUUAACCUAAAGUAUGAGAACACAAUUUUCAGCAUUCUAAUCCCACAAGUUUUGAAGGAGGAGUGCAUAUCAAAAUCAAUUUUCAAGAUGUAGACGUUCAAGAACAAACAAAACUCUUGCGGGUCCUAAUUUUACAGGUGUGUAGCCUCAAAAAAAAAAAAAUACUCGUACACUGUGAUUCUGAAUACUAGUAUAAUGGAUAAGCAUUAAGCAACGAUAACAACGGCCUAUUUCACUCCUUAUUGUAACGCAGCCAUUAUUUUCUGUCUUUUUCACAGACUCCAUAAGUUCAACCUAAUUGAUUAAACCCCAUGUGGAAUUUCUGCUCAAUCAAUAAAAAACAUUUAGGAUUCCAAAUGGGUAGUUUCCUUUUUUGCUUUUUUUUGAUUCUAUCAAAUCCUACCUUUUCUGGGUUCUUGCAAUUGUUUCUUUUUUUGUAAGUUUUAUUUAGAAAAAUUGUUAUGUUUUCUAGGAAAAAAUCCCAGGUUCUAUAGAAAAAAUCCCAGGUUCUAUAAAUAACCUUUAAUUUGGUUUUAUUGGGUUUUAUGGAGUUGGGUUAGUCAAAAAGUUUGAAACUUUGAUUUGGUGGGUAGCUAAAUUAGCUAAAGAAUUAUGAUUAGGUUAUGUUAUUUGUGGAAAAAAUUCCUUAUUUUGAUUGAUCUGGAUUUGUUAUUUGGGUUUGUGCUGUAUGCAAUUGAUCAUCUGAUUAACAGUCAUUCAGCAGUUUCUGGGCAUUUGAUAUAAGAAAUUUGAAGAGUAAGGGUUUGAACAUUGAAGAAAUGAUGUAUGACAUUAAUUUGAUCACUACUAUCAUUGGAUUUGGGAUGAGCUCAAUUUUUAUAGUGUUUAUAUGCACAAGACUCAUAUGUAGGAGGGUUCAAGUGACUGAACCAAGGAGGAAUGUUGAUAAUGAACCCGAAAUCGAUGUCGAGCAGCCAGAGCAAAGGACUGAUGGCCUUGAACCGUUUGCGGUUGCUGCAAUACCCACGAUGAAAUUUCACCGGGAUGCUUUUAACUCCACCGAAGAUCUACAGUGUUCUAUUUGUUUGGGGGACUAUCAAGAAAAAGAAGUUCUAAGAAUCAUGCCCAAAUGUUGCCACAGUUUUCAUCUUUCCUGCAUUGAUCCCUGGCUAAUGAAGCAAUGUACUUGUCCUGUUUGCCGUCUGCCUUUAAAGCAGCGUUGUGAUCCAAAGCCGGUGAGGUCCGAUGACAAUGUUCAAUUUGCAAUGGAGGAUUUCAAUCAGUCUUUGCAACCUGGUUCACAGUAUACAGCAGGAUAUGUCAGCAGCCAACAACUUCACCAGUCAACAUCAAGAAACCCUGAAUCCAAUUUACACGGAGAAUCAGAGCCUAGGUAAUGGAUAGAAGUAAUUACUCCCAUGUCUGGUUUAACAUGAUUGUUAUUCAGAAUGCUAGCUACCUUAUGCAUAAAUCUUUCUUUGAGAUGUGAGAGAUGGAACUUUGGGGGGUGGGGUGUGUUCAUGAAGCUUAGAAUGUGUCAUGUGUGGAUAUAUUAGAGGUAAACUUUCUUGUAAAAAUUUCUUUGUGCUUAUAGAUUGACAGCAUUGGCCUGUUGAAAUUUUGUGUAUGUGUGGGUGUUUUUUUUCCACAUGGUUUGAAACAAUUUUGCUUAUAACUUCAAACUGAAGUAUUUGUUGAUUAGACAUUUCGUGUAAACUGUGCAGUGUAAACUAUGCAGUUGAUUGGCGUGGCAUUUGUAUACAAUACCUAUUCGAAAUUCCGAACCAAAGAAUUUCUGAACCUUUAAUUGUAUUUAUGAUUUGAUAAUUAAGUUCCUUGUUACAA